AUGAAGUUUGCCAUGGACCGUACGAAAAGAGGAAAAGUAAAAAAAUUCGCGGCCAAUGCUACUGUCAUCCACUUCUUCUUCAAUGCAAGAGGCGAGGAAAUCGAAAAAACAACCAUUGGAAUGUACCGGUCCCUUCUCCACCAGCUGUUGCAGACAUUGCCGGAUCUGCAAGAAGUGCUUGACACAGCAGAAUCCAGCCUCUUGACAGAGGAACUUUAUUUUCCUUGGGAGUUGCGCCUCCUACAAAAGCUUUUCAAAAGGGCAAUCCGAAAACUCGGACAACGCCAGAUCAGUUGCUUCAUUGACGCACUCGACGAGUGUGCCGAGGAAGAAGUCAGAGAGAUGGUCAAGUUCUUUGAAGAGCUUGGUCAGCUCGCUGUCAAGAAAGGAUUCAAGCUUUACACUUGUUUCUCUAGUCGCCACUAUCCGCAUAUAUCUAUUCGGAACGGUUUGCGACUUACCUUGGAGUCCCAAGACGGCCACGAGAAAGACUUGGAAGAGUACAUUCGAAACAAGCUGGAAACUGAGACCAAAAAGCAAACUGAAGACCUAACGGAUCAAAUACUUCGCAAAGCUUCAGGGGUUUUCAUGUGGGUCGUCUUAGUUAUCGACAUCCUCAACAAGGAGAUCCAAAGAGGUCGGAUGUUUGCAGUCAAAUCGAGGUUGGAGGCGCUACCAGCAGGACUGAGCGACCUUUUCGAAGACAUCCUGACGAGAGAUAACGAGAACAUGGAAGAUCUGCUCCUGUCUAUCCAGUGGAUCCUCUUCUCCAAACGACCUUUGAAGAGCGAGGAGUACUACUUCGCUUUGCUAUCCGGAUUACAUUCUCCCGAAACCCUAGGAAAAUGGGAUUCGGAAGAAAUCACCGUGGACUCCAUGGAGCGUUUCGUUAAUUGGGCACCGAUUUCGAAAAUCAAAGUCACGACCGACUAA